AGUGCUAAACUAAAACAAAAUGUGGCAAAAUCGAAUGUAUAUUCUUUUGCAUAUGCUAUGGGUUGUGAACGCAAAUGGAAUUUACUCUAUAGUGGCCUCCGGCAGUAUAUAUUCAAAUCGCAAAUAUUCCAUUAGUGUUACUUUACACGAUGCUAGGCAAUCUGCUACUUUUAACAUAGGCAUUUCUGGCCCAUCGUAUAAUCAUUCAAAAUGUAUUGAAUUGUCUCCAAACGAAAAUAAGAGAAUUGAUUUCAAUGUCCCUGAAUUAAAGAAAGGCAUAUAUCAACUUGUCUCCAAAGGUAUCAGAGGGUUAUUCUUUGAAAACACUACAUACUUAUCCGUGGAAUACAUCAUACCCAAUCUUUACAUACAAACGGAUAAAGCCAUGUAUAAGCCGGGAGAUUUAGUGCAAUAUCGCAUUCUAGUUUUGGAUGAAAAUCUUCGACCGCUCAAAUCGGACCAACCUUUAGCAGUUGCCAUUAAAGAUGCAGCAAAUAACCUCAUAAAAGUUAUUAAAAAUGCUCAACUAAUUAAAGGCGUUUUUAGUGAUAAAUUACAACUUACCGAACAGCCCGUUUUGGGUUUGUGGACAAUUGAAGUUAGUUUAAGCGAUCAUAUAGAAAAAACGAAGGAAUUUGAAGUGGCAAAGUAUGUGUUGCCCAAAUUCAGCGUGGAUAUUGAUGCUGUUACGGAUAUGGCCAUAACUGAAAGCUCUUUAAAAAUAACCGUACGUGCAAAAUACACUUAUGGCAAAUCAGUCAAGGGUAAGGCUACUGUUCAUUUAUCGCCCGUAGAUUUGGAGAAAACUAUAGACGUCAAUGGCAAAGGUCAUGUGGAAUUUGAUUUAAAAAAAGAUUUAAAUUUAAUUGUUCCGAACCGAUUCGUUGGAGAACUGAAUGUAUUCGCAGUGGUGGAAGAAGAGCUAACUGGAAAUAGGCAAAAUACUACAGUCAAAAUAAAUCUUCAUCGCUCUCCAUAUAGAAUUGAAGUUUCCGAUAUGAUGAGGGAAUUUGAAAUUAAUCAAACGAUUGAAGUGAAAGUAGUUAUUAAAUAUUUAAAUGGCAAACCAGUCCAGGACACCAAAGCUCCUGUUCUUCUCAAAUUUUACAAUACAAGGAGAGCAGGUGAAGAUCCCAAAAUUUGGAAGGCAAAUUUAGACGAACAUGGUGUGGCCAUAUUUAAAACUAGCUUUCAAAACGAUGGGUUUUAUUGGCCUGAACUUAUAUUUGCUGAGGAAAUCAAGCAUAUGCCAAGUAUUAGCGUAAGGGCAGCUAGUGUAAAAAAUACUAAGUUGGUAUCCCAGUUAACCCUUGAGUUGGAGACUAUAAAGCCCCGUUUAGAUGAAUACGUGUCGAUAGCUGUUAAGGCGCCCAAUGUUAUGAAACAUUUGAUAUAUGCUGUUGUAGGCCGUGGUGCCAUAUUGCAAAUAGCUAACAUUUCUUUGCCGAGGCCUCAACAAUUUUAUAAAAUUACUUUUCGAGCUACAUUCGAAAUGAUGCCAAGAGCUAACGUAUUUGUUUAUUAUGUGGAUGAAUUCGAUUUGAAAUUUCAGGAGAUCACACUCGAAUUUCUGUCGGAGUUUGAAAACAAAGUUAAAAUAACGGGCCCCUUACAAGCAAAGCCUGGUCAGGACGUUUCUUUGGAAAUUAAAGCUGAUCCGAACUCUUAUAUCGGUUUAUUGGGAGUAGAUCAAAGUAUGUUGCUUCUGAAAUCUGGCAAUGAUCUUGAAUUCGAUGCAGUUCUAAAAAAUUUGCAUAGCCUCAAACCUGUAGACAAACAUUAUCAAAACAGUAUUUACACAUACCCGGGUGAGAGGUCUGGCUUAGUGGUCAUGACGAAUGCCCACUUUCCAUAUGAAUCCCGUCUUAGAAAAGGGGAUUCACAUUAUGAAUUAGAAGAAGAACUAAGUGAAAGUGAAGACGAUGAUGCCGAAGGCGUAGAUGAAGUCGAUAGCAGCUGCGUUAAAUGCGAGUUUGUUCCUCAGGCAGCGUCCAACGUAAAUAUACGUAUAAAUUUUCGAGAAAUUUGGUUAUGGUCUGCUUUGAAUUUUAGUAACGAUAAUAUGACCAGUGCAACAGUCACAAAAUCCAUACCAGAUACAAUAACUUCUUGGGUAAUUACCGCUUUUGCAGUGAACGAGAAAACUGGUUUAGGUAUGACCGAGAAACCGUUCAAAAUUAAUGUAUUUCAACCAUUCUUCAUCGAUGUAAAUUUGCCAUAUUCUGUAAAAAGGGGCGAAGUUAUUGCGAUACCAGUUAUUAUUUUCAACUACAUGGAUAAAACAUUGGAUGCAGAAAUCACUAUGGACAAUACCGACAAGGAGUACGAUUUCACCGAAGUGUCCAAUGAAAUUGAAGAAUCCAUUUUGAGCACGCAAAAGAGAAUGAAACGGGUAUCGGUACCUCCGAAUAGCGGAGAAAGCGUAUCCUUUAUGAUACGUCCAGCCGUAGUAGCAGAUAUAGAAUUGAAAAUUAGCGCUGCAUCUCAGUUGGCAGGGGACGCUAUACAUAAAAAACUGAAAGUAGAAGCUGAGGGUGUCACCCAAUACGAAAAUCAAGCCCUUUUCUUAAAUUUGGAGGAGCCACACAAAGCUUCCCUAGAAGUCGAUAUACCCCCGGAGGCUGUUAAAGAUUCUGAAUAUGUGGAAUUCUCUGUUGUUGGUGAUCUCUUGGGUCCUACUAUGAACAGACUUAACGAGCUUGUACGUAAGCCCUACGGUUGUGGUGAGCAGAAUAUGGUUAACUUCGUGCCCAACAUAUUGGUCUUACAUUACUUGGAAGCCUUGCAGAUUGAUAUGCCAAAUGUAGCGAGCAAAGCUAAAAACUUCUUAGAAAUUGGUUAUCAACGUGAGUUGACCUAUAAACACAGAAGCGGUGCAUAUAGCGCUUUUGGCGAAGAUAGAAGCACGCCGAAUACUUGGUUAACCGCUUAUGUGGCUCGUUCCUUUAUCCAGGCAACUAAAUACACGACCAUUGAUGAAAAAGUUAUCCAACAAGCUUUCGACUUCCUAAUUGCUAACCAGGAGAAAAGCGGCCAAUUUAAGCAAACUGGUCAUCUCUUCAGUCCAACUCAUCAGAAUGACGUUGGAUUCAAUGCUUAUGUGCUGUUGGCCUUCCUAGAAAAUGAAAAAUACGCGGAGCUUUAUCAAAAGCAGAUUGAAAAAUGUCUCGAAUACGUAGUAAGCCAACUGGAGAAUGAAAAGAAUUCUUACGCUCUAUCUAUAGCUGCAGUUGCUUUGCAUAAAGCCAAUCAUACGGCUGCGGAUAGAGUGCUGGAAAAGCUACAGGCAGAAGCCAAGGAAGAAAACGGUUUCAAAUGGUGGACUAGUGCGAACCACAAUGAUAUUGAAAUCACUGCCUAUGCGUUACAAACUUUGGUUGACACGGAACCCAUUAACCAAAUUUUACCAAUUAUCAAGUGGUUAAUCGGUCAACGUAACAGUAAUGGUGGUUUCGACUCUACUCAAAACACUGUAGUAGGUCUUGAGGCACUUAUUAAAUUCUCUAAGAAAUUUUCAAUUACUGGAAACAGCAAAAUGUCGAUAACAUUCAAAGCUUUUGACGAGGGAAAGAAAGAACUUACCCAACAUAGGUUUGAGGUGAACAAAGACAACUCAUUGGUCCUCCAAACGCACGUGUUACCGAAAUCCACGCGUUCAUUAAGUUUGGAAGCUGAAGGUGCUGGUUCUUCGUUAAUUCAACUUUCGUAUCAAUACAACUUGGCAACCAAAGACGAUAGACCUGGAUUCAAACUAGACAUUAAGCCGAAAAUUUUGCCAUCGCAACAGCUGCAGAUUAAUAUUUGCGCAAAUUACCAACCGGCUGUUGACGAUGAAAUCAACGAAUCGAAUAUGGCUGUCAUGGAAGUUGCUCUACCGUCUGGUUAUGUCGCCGACAGUGAGAAGUUGAACGAUAUACUUGCUGCCGACCGUGUUCAACGCAUCGAUACCGAAAGCUCUGAUACAAAAGUGAUCGUUUACCUUGAUGGCUUAGUGGAAGAUGAACAAGUAUGUGUUACUAUUGUGGCAGACAAAGCUUUUGCUGUUGCUAAGCAGAAACCAGUUCCCGUCACUCUGUAUGAUUAUUACAAUAGUGCAUACCGUGGAACCGAAUAUUAUCGAAUUGAAUCUUCGUUGUGUGAUAUUUGCGAGGGAGAUGAUUGUGGAACUGCAUGUAAAUGAAAUUAUUGUAUAAUUAUAAUUUGUUUCCACUUAAUAGAUAAAGUUCCAAAUUGAUGCUACCGAUACAUAAGUAGGGGAAGGAUAAUAAUUACUUGGUUUAAAGUGAAAUGGAAAGAAUUUAGUAGAAAGGGUUGAAAUUAUAAAAUGAUUGGAUCUCAAGUGCGGUAGACCUUUUUAAUAAAAGCCAAAAGCCUUAGGUGCUAGUGCUGUAAGACUUUAGUCUUAGAAUUUAUCUCUGG